AUAUAGUGAAUGCAGGGUCCUGGGUUUAGUAACACUUUAAUUUUUGGAAUCACUAUAAAGGCGUAAUAAUAUGCUGCAUCAAUACUUCACUUGAUCUAGUGAGGGACAAAACAUGGAAGACUGCUCUGAUAUACUCUAGUUUACUUGUUGUGCGAGGAGUUGUAUAUAGGCAAUGACAUGUAUGAGGUGUGACAAUGGUGUGACGUUGUGUGGGUGGCCUUAAAGAAGCUGAGAAUCCUUCAGGAACCUAAGACAUGGUCAGACCACAGCUCAGAGAGCUCUUCAGAGAGAUCACCUGCAGCAGAGAGCUCUUCAGAGAGAUCACCUGCAGCAGAUCACUAGGUCCUCCUCUGGUCUGAUCUUCCAUCCCGCUGGUUGUCGCCAUAUUAGUGCACUUGCAACCAGACAGUUGAGUACUAUCCGUGAGUUUUCCAUUCAGCUAAAGCCUUAUGAGUCAGUGCUUCUUGGACCCAGAAGAAAGGAUUAGUCCUCUGAACACCUAGUGCAAAUCCAAAGAUUAUUGGAGCACCCACCUAAAGCUAGAACCGGCAGUUUUGGGAAUGUGUCAGGAGAAGUGACAGUUAGCUGAAAUAGAGGCUUGAUCCUUACGUUUGGAUUUACUGAAAGAUCAACAAUAUACAGCUGUAGGUCUGCUUCUAAACAAAGUCGCCAAGAAUUCCAAGUGGGCGUUCAGCUUUGCUUGGCAGAGAGACAGAGAGAGGAGAAGAGAGCUGAGCACAUGGCAAUAUCAGCUGUACUCCCCGGGCAAACGUCACCCCAUAGGGGCACAGGAGAGGCGUUGGUACAGAUCAGUGAUCCACAGGAGAGUGCCGCAUGUACAUCGCCAAAUGUGUACCACCGUCCUGACCAGGAAAACGGUUUCCAUGAAACUCAGAUGUUGCAAAAUGGAAAUUCUGGGCAGAAUAACGAAAGGGAACAAUCACGGAGGACGGAUUAUGGAAAGAAGGCUAACCUUCUGAGACAAAUUUUUUUUCUUCAGUUUUGCCGUCAAUUUUCCCUAAAGACCAGGAUAAUCUGUGCAUUUGUUGUACCAGUAGCUCUGGUGCUAGUGAUCGUGCCCAUCAUCGUAACAAUCCAUAAAGAAGACAAAGGUGGAGCCGCAGCAAAUGGAGAAGGGGGGCUGGAUUCCAGGGUGUUGCAAUCUGAAAUUCCAGGAACCGGCGUGACCUCCACAACCACAACUAGUUAUGGGGACGGUGACCACACCAACUGUGAUCUGGUGUUCAUUAAUGACAAGUCAAAGAUCUUCAAUGACAGUCAGAGUUACUGCGAAAUAGGCAAUGGCAGACUCCUCCAAGAAAAGGAUCUUAAGGCUGUUGGCCCCUGUAUUCCAGAGGGGGAAGAUUUUUGGGCCAAGAAAGGUGACGACAGUAAUCCUGGCCUUUGUUACAUCUAUAACACUGAAUACAACUUUGUUAGCCUGGACUGUACUACUGGAAGAAGAUGUAUAUGUGUGAAGGAUCCGAACACCACAAAAAAAAAAGAAGAGACAUGAAUUUAUUUCAUUUUAUUUACUUUUUUAUUAUUUUGUAAAAUAUCUUUGUAAAUAAAAACUUAAUAUAACUAAAUUAAAAAGUAAUAUAACUAUUAGGACUCUGCUGUUUUGUUUGUCCUGUGUUGGAUAUUCUUGUCAUUAAAACACAUUCCUCAAGUUUAAAGUAGAA